AUGGCCUCCACCCUUCCCACUGAAGACCUCAUCGACUACGAGGAGGACGUCAUCGAGCCCUCGGUCGCCGCGCCCGCCGCCGCCGCUGGUGGUGCCAACGGCGACGACGCUGCUGCCGGUGCGGGCGCAGACGACAAGCAGGGCAAGGGCUCGUACGUCGGUGUGCACUCGACUGGCUUCCGUGACUUCCUCCUCAAGCCCGAACUCUUGCGCGCCAUCUCGGACCUCGGUUUCGAGCACCCCUCUGAGGUCCAGCAGGAGUGCAUUCCCCAGGCUAUCCUUGGAAUGGACGUCCUCUGCCAGGCCAAGUCGGGAAUGGGCAAGACGGCUGUGUUUGUGACUGCGACGCUCCAGCAGAUCGAGCCGGUUGACGGCGAGGUUUCGGUCAUCGUCCUGUGCCACACUCGCGAGCUCGCGUUCCAGAUCAAGAACGAGUACGCGCGGUUCAGCAAGUACAUGCCGGACGUCCGCACGGGUGUCUUCUACGGCGGCACGAGCGUCAAGGUCGACCAGGACUUGCUCAAGAACAAGGAGAAGUGCCCGCACAUCGUCGUCGGCACGCCCGGUCGCCUCAACGCCCUCGUCCGCGACAAGAGCCUCAAGGCCGGUUCGGUCCGACACUUUGUCCUCGACGAGUGCGACAAGAUGCUCGAGUCCCUCGACAUGCGCCGCGACAUCCAGGAGAUCUUUAAGGCGACGCCGCACCACAAGCAGGUCAUGAUGUUCUCCGCCACGCUCGCCAAGGAGAUCCGCGCGACGUGCAAGAAGUUCAUGCAGACUCCGCUUGAGAUCUACGUCGAUGACGAGAAGAAGCUCACUCUCCACGGCUUGCAACAACACUUUGUCCGCCUCGAGGAGUCGGCCAAGAACCGCAAGCUCAACGACCUCCUCGACUCGCUCGAGUUCAACCAGGUCUGCAUCUUCGUCAAGUCGGUUUCGCGCGCGAUCGAGCUCGACCGCCUCCUGCGCGAGUGCAACUUCCCGUCGAUCGCGAUCCACUCUGGCCUGAACCAGGAGGAGCGUAUCCGCCGCUACCAGCAGUUCAAGGCGUUCGAGAAGCGCGUCCUCGUCGCGACCGACAUCUUCGGUCGCGGUAUCGACGUCGAGCGCGUCAACAUCGUCAUCAACUACGACACCCCGACCGACGCCGACUCGUACCUCCACCGUGUCGGACGUGCGGGUCGCUUCGGUACCAAGGGUCUCGCCAUCACGUUUGUUGCGAAUGACGAGAACGAGGAGGUCCUCAAGAGCAUCCAGAGCAGGUUCGAGGUCGCCAUCACCGAGUUGCCCGAGACCAUCGAGCCGUCGACCUACAUGAACGCCUGA